CAAAAUUUACAUUUUUUCAGAAAUAAACCCCUCCUAUAGGUUUAGAAUGAAACUGGUUGAGCUUGGAAAAGAGAUUCCCAAACCAGAGGUCGGAAAAGAGGCUCACGAACCAGAGGUCGGAAAAGAGGCCAAGGAGAUAGAAUUAAUCCAGAUGAAGGACAUCAGUGGGGAGAAUAAAAAUAAAGAUUCCUUUAGUGGGCAAUUAAAAAACGGGAAACCCAGGAAUAAAGAUGAGAAAGUUGAGGAUGAGAGUGAGGAUGAUAAAACUGAGGACGAGGGGAUCGAGGAUGAGAGAACAGAGGUCGAACGGAUGAAGGACGAGAAAAAGAUAAAUGGAAAAAUGAUCGAGAAAACAGAAAAAAUAGAAAAGCUUGAAAAAAUUGUGAAAACCACGAAGGUUGAAGGAGAAAAACCUACGAAGGAGGAGAGAGAAUACAUCCUGAGCAAGGUUACAGAACUACAGGAGCAGUUCAAUCCUGUAGAUUUCAAGGAGAUCAUUAAUAAUAAGAACUACUUUAAUCGGUUUUGGUUCCAUGCCUAUCAUAUGCCUGGAGAUCAAAUAGAAAAUUGUAAAAAUCUAAUAAUAAAUUCACUUAGAUGGAGAGAGGAGUUUGGGGUCCGAGGUAUAACUGAAGACGACAUUGAUCCUAUGGAUAAAAAGGUUGGGGGAGUAUUUGCCCGGAACAGGGACAGGAGUGGGAGUAAACUCCUUGUUGUUACUGUAAGGAAGCACUACAAGGACUCCACAAAAAGCUUGGUAAGAACUGUUAUCUCAGGAGUAUGUAAAAAUCGUUAG